UCAUCCUAAUAUCCUCAAACUUUAUGGCUACUUUCAAGACGAUAACCAAAUUGUAAUGAUUUUGGAAUUUGCACAAUAUGGAACGUUAUAUGAUUUUCUUAAAAAAUCGCAGCGAAUUAGUGAAGGACGAUCGGCACGGAAACGUAUUAUUCAUCGAGACAUUAAGCCGGAGAAUUUGUUAGUUGGACGAAAUGGUGAGCUCAAGCUAGCUGAUUUCGGGUGGGCAACAUAUGCGCCGGGUUUAUCAAGUGCCCCGCUCACAACAGUUUGUGGAACUUUGGAUUAUCUUGCACCAGAAAUGGUGCGACGCCUUCCGUAUAAUGAAAAUGUUGAUGUGUGGGCCCUUGGAAUCCUAUGUUAUGAGUUGUUGGUUGGUGUGCCACCGUUUGAAGCAAUAGGUUUUCAUGAGACUUGUCGACGAAUUAUGUGUGAUAAUGUAAAUAUCCCGGAUCACGUGUCAAGUGAAGCUAGGAACUUUAUUUUAAUGGUGCUUCAAAAAAUUCCAUUCUGUCGUCCAUCCUUGGAAGAUAUUUUGAAUCACCCUUGGAUUCGUAUGCAUAAUAGCAUGACAACAUCAUCUUUGAGUAAACCACGAGUUAGCAAUAAUAGGCUUACUUUUAAUAAUACACUGUCUGAAAUUCGUUACAAUACUUUUUAA